CACACAGACAAGGACCUCAGGCCCUGAAGGGCUGGGGCAGCGUGGCCCAUGUGGGACCCAGCAGAGGGGCUGCCCGGAGGCCAGGUGGAGUCAGCUGGGGGACAGGGAGCAGAGGCGCCCAGAGCACAUUCACCCCAUAGCCACCUGUGUCACCUGAGCGCUGAUCAACAAGUCAGGAAGCCAGAGCCCAGCUGGGCAGGAACCGGUGAUCACUCAGCUUGCUAACCCCUGAGGGCCCUCGGGUCUGAGCAGUGGAUAUGGCAGGGAAUGGCCUCACCGAGGGUCCCCGUGGGGGCACAGCAGGGCUGCAGAAGGCAUCUGUAGCGCCAGGCCGAGGAGCUGCCCACGGGUCUGCCCUGAAAACGGGACCAGAGCUGGCGCCAGGGCAAUGCUGGCCGCUCAGGCGCGCGGCAAGGCCCCUGCGGAAAGCCUCUGCACCACCCGGCCCCGCUCUGCUACCAGAACUGAGAAUCCGCGCCCCUGGAAGAUGGCCGGCUGGCGGAAAACACGCCUAAACGCCCCAACAGCAGGCCUAGGGACGACAGGGGUGCAGGGCACGGGGCGGACACCGCGAGCCCCAGCCUCAGUCCCCGGACCCAGCCACCGGCUCCCUGCGGUAGGGGCAAGGGUGUGGGAAAGUGGGGAGGGGUCGCCGGGAGCGGUGAGGGCACCUGCGUGAGGCUGACGCGCGCGGGAGCGCGCGGGCUAGCAGCGAGGGCGAGGAAGAGGCGGGCGGCGCGAGGGGCUGCGCCUCCCCCGAACCUGCCUAUCUCUCCUCCCUCCUGUCUCCGGGGAUGCGCCUCCGUUCUGCCCGCCCCAUCCUAGGGCGGAGGCCUCGCGCAGACCCCAGGCACCCGGCUCCGUGCUCCGGAGAGGGGCUCGCCACCGCCCGCCCCUUGCCGCCGGGCCGCGGCCCCUGGAGCUACCGAGGCCCGCGGCUUCGUCGCCAAAACAUGAACUGGACUGCCGCGACGUGCUGGGCCCUGCUGCUGGCCGCUGCGUUCCUCUGCGACGGCGGCGCGGCCAAGGGAGGCCGAGGCGGGGCGCGGGGCAGCGCCCGGGGCGGGAUCCGCGGGGGCGCGCGCGGGACCUCGAGGGUGCGCGUGCGGCCGGCGCCCCGCUACGGCUCCUCCCCGCGCGUGGCGGCGGCGGGGGCAGCAGCCGGGGCGGCAGCGGGAGCAGCCGCGGGCUUGGCCGCGGGACCCGGCUGGAGGCGCGCGGCGGGGCCGGGGGAGCGCGGCCCGGACGAGGAGGACUUGGCGUCCGGAGGUAACGGGACGGGCGUUUACAGCUACUGGACCUGGACUUCAGGCGCGGGAUGCUCGCGGGGCCCGCGCCUCUACCUGCUGCUGGGUGGCGCCCUCGCCCUGCGGUUGCCGCGGCCCUAGGACAAGCUGACUCCGGGCCCAGCUCCAACCUGGCCCACGCAUCCCGUAUCCCGGUAGUCCCACCCCAGAGGCCCCCGGCGCUGAGCGUCCCUCCCCUCCACUGCCCACCCUCUUGCCCAGGCCCGUCACGAACCUCCACCAGGAGCCAAGAUGUUAGGGUGCUCCCAGCCAGGAAGGCAGGUGGCCCUGGGAAGAGCAGGCACCAACCCGAUACCCAGACCCCUGCUGCCCUGGGGCACCCUGAACACAGGAGGUGCGGACUGCACUGACCUCCAGGCAGAGACGACCUCCAGUAGGGCUGGCGGUGCCCCCAGGGGCUCCCGGGCAUCCCUCUGGCAGACCUCAGCAUGUGGGCAGGACAGGGGAGAGGCUCAGCCAGGCUGUAGUGGAAGGCUCAGGGGCCUCUGCCCUCCCAGAGCAGGUGACCAGGAGGGUCUCAAGGCAGGCUCGUCUGAAACGUGGACUGCCAGGGCCCCCGGCACACACCGUGCCCACCUACAGAGGCUGCUGUGCCAGCGACUCCCUGCCCCCAAGCACUCAGCUCUAAUGUUCAUUUCACUUCCCUGGAACUGCUGGCCUGUGCUUGGACCACAGCGGCCCACGAGACGUCUCCCUGAGCAUAGCCCAAGAGGCUCCCACAUCACCAGGAGCAGCCCCUUUCCUAAAAGCAGGACCAGCCUGUGCCAAUGGGCCUGAGGCCAAGUGCGAGGUCCAGCUGAAAGCCUAAGGCCAGGCGCUCAUGCCCUCCAGCAGGCUCUGGGAGGCGGCCGCAGUGGGGCCCAGGCCACAGCAGGUGCAGGGUGAUGUGGGAACCAGCCUUGGCCCAGCACCACAACCACGACCAUCACCACGGUGCCUGACCAUUCAGGGACAUGACAAGGCCAGGGCUGAUGCCCCAAGUGGCCUCCCAGAGGCACAAGUACGAGGCUCCCCAGCUCCUGUCCCCCGGCCACUCUGAGGCAGGAUGGGCAGCCCACGGCCCUGACCUCACCUCUGGUGCUGCAGGGAGCGCCUGCCCUCACUUGGCUCCUGGGACCCAGCCCCUCACCCCCACCCCCGGAACCACGGGGCCUGGAGUCAGCUGGUAGACACAGCCUCUCCCCAGCUGGCUGUGGCUCUGGACAGGAGGGGCUCUGAAGCUGCCAGCUGGACCCUGGGCCACUUCCUCCUCCAGGUGCCAGGACCCUGAGCUGCAGGCCAGUGCCCUGCCCUGUCCCCCUUGUGGCCAGCGCCUGGUGCCAUGGCUGCAGCUUCUCCAGCCCUCCCAGACAAGCCGGAUGCUACCCACAGCCAGCACCCAGGGACUUACACAGGGAGACCCCGCCCAACAACUGCACAGCACAACUGCAAGCCGUCAGUGUUCCAGACCGGUGGAAACACCACUCUCCGGUGACAGUUUUGCACAGCAGCCCGACAUCAGCAUCUGGCACAGUCGCGAAUCUGAGCACCUCCCUCUCCCCUUGCUGGCCAGGGCAGGAGGACCAGCCAAGAUGCUGGCAAACCACCAGGUGGCCAGGCCACCUACUGGGCCGAUGAGGCCGAAGGAACUGGCGAGGUCCAGGCCCCAACACCACCCCACCUCCUUGCUCUUCUCCCGGAGUGCAGGCUGCUACGAAACCAGGGUCCCACUGUCUGGGGCUACAAGGUGCUCGCAGGCCUGCGGACUCUGCUGUCCGUGCUGACCCUCCCACCUGCAGGCAGCAGGGAGGCUGAGGCCCCAGGGCACCCAAGGGUCCCCAUGUUCAGAGGCUCUGUCUGCUCCUGUGCACACUUCAUAGUAACCUUGAUCGUGAAAUAAACUUGUGCUGGCGA